AUGCAAUCAGUCACAAAAGAUCCAAAUCUCAAAGUCUUUAAUCGUCUAAGCCUCGAUAUAGUUUCUCGGGAAGGAUAUAUUAAAAUUGGGAUGUUCGUGGCACUCUUCUCUGUAGUAGUACUUUGUGUACUCACCUGGGUUUACUUCCAAUGGUCGAAAGUGAAAAAUUACUGGGCGGAACGUGGUGUGCCCCAUGUACCACCACACCCAUUCUUUGGGAGUCUAGACUUCUUGCAACGUAAGAAUUUUGGAACAUGGAUGAUUGAGAUGUUACGACAGUUUAGGACCCCAUAUAUCGGUAUCUGGUUAUUCUGGAGACCAGCUCUCAUAAUCAACUCACCUGAGAUCGCAAGGAACGUGCUGGUGAAAGAUUUCGGAAGUUUCCGAAAUAGAUUCGUCUCGGCAGGUCCCGGGGAUCCUAUUGGUCACAACUUGCUAACUACUGAUGAUCCACUUUGGUCAUCAAUUCGUCGCCGGCUUACGAGUAUCUUCACAGCAUCCAAGCUUAGGGCCUUGCAAAACCUCUUCCAAACGAAAUCCAAGGAAUUGGUGCAACGUAUUGACAACACGAAAGACAAAACCAAGAUUAGUGUUAGGAUGCUUUGCACGGACUACACUUCAGAUGUCGUGGCAACCGCAUCGUUCGGUGUCACCACGAAUGCGACCCUCGGGGGCGAAGACGCCAUGAGAACUGUCACCAAGGCUUUUAUGGAGUUCACUUUUCUCAGAGGUCUUAGCUGGAGCGCCAUUUUCUUCUUUCCGGAAGUAGCAGAAUUCUUCAGAUUCAAAAUGUUCCCCAAAUGGUCUACUGACUUCUUUAAGAAAAUUUACCUGUCCGUCGCAAAGCAGAGAAAGGAACAGAAUAAAGGAAACAGUGCACCUAAAGAUCUUCUCGAUGCUCUGAUAAACCUUAAAGAAGCUGGUGAAGGUGAAGAAAGUGAAGGAUUGUCAGAUGACACAAUAGUGGCUCAAGCUGUGGCUUUCCUGUUUGCUGGCUAUGAAACGUCAGGCUCGGCUUUAGCUUACUCUCUCUAUGAACUAGCAUAUCAUCAGGAUAUACAGGAGAAAUUAUACCAAGAAUUAAUAGAGGCAAAGGCCAGAAGUAACAGCGAUAGCUUAGAUAUAAACGUACUUUCCGAUUUGACUUACCUGAAUUGCGUAAUUAAAGAAAUCCUUCGGAAAUAUUCUCCAAUGGGCUGGAUGGACAGAGUAGCUCUUGAAGACUACAAAAUUGAUGAUAAGCUAACGAUUCCCGCGGGAACACCGAUCUACGUGAACGCAAUAGGCAUGCAAUAUGAUGAAAAGUACUUCCCGGAGCCAGAGAAAUUUGAUCCGAACAGAUUCUUACCUGAAAACGAAACAGAAGAUAUGCAAUACACUUAUCUGCCCUUCGGAGAAGGUCCCAGAAAUUGUAUUGGUAAAAGAUUCGCUCAAAUUUCUCUACGUAAUGCUCUAUCGACUUUGGUAUUACAUUACAAAUUUAACCCGCUGCCAGGUGAACCAAAGCCAAAUGAGAUUGAGAUCGACAAACUUGGUCUAUUCUAUGUUCCUGCGCAUAAUCUUCAUCUAGAUUUCGAAAGGCGAUGA